AUGGGGGAAAAAUGAGCUUUUGACCCCUUUGAAUAUGUCGUGCUCCAAAGCAGCACUACCGGAAUGAGACUGGCAGACUAAUUAUCCUCACGGCAGAUUCAUGGAUUCGGGAGAAAGGGAGAACUCAAAAACCUCAUUUGACCCAUUAAUUAGGGCUACUCUGCUUCUUGUCAUCUAUUUUGGAGGGGGCAUGGGAGGAGAAAGAGGAAGGAUGCUUCACAGCAUUGCUCAGCACUCACCCUCUCCAACCUUUUCAUGUCCCCAUCAUAGUGUCUAUGCCCCAGUUCCCUCGACUGGCAACCUCUUCUCAUGGUCCCAUUUGACUCCGACUCCCAACUUAGCAGGCAGAUCUGGGGACAUUUUUCUUUGCAAACAACCAUUUUCACCACAAAUGCCAAGGUAUCAGCUGGGAUCAAAUUCUGAAGUACUUGUGAAAGUACCUGUUUUCACACAUGGCUGCAAGCAAGGUAGACAAUUGGAUUUGGUGAUCUGGAGGACUUUUCCAAUCGUAAUGGUUCUGUUUCCUGUUCUGCUGUCCGAGGAGGCUGGAUGCAGAAGUAGCACUGGGGAGAAGGUGAUGGGAUAUGCACAUCUCUGUAGAUAUCUGGGCACCCUGGCUAUGCUGAACCCAUCUGCAACCAGGGGGAGUGAUGUCAUGGGGCGAGAGGCAGACUCCACAUCCUACCUUAUCCCUCAAGCUUUUCUCAGACAGAUCCAUGAUGAAAGCCAUCUCCCCAACAAGAUGUUGUGUUUUUAUUCAGUUGCUUCCUGCCUCCAUUUCUCAGAGGAAGCCUGAGAGGAGUGAACACUGUCAACCUGCUGGCACCAGCGGCAGGACGAGCAGCCUUGUGUUUCCCUGGUGAGGUGCAAUUUGAAGCUGAGGGUUUUGUGAGUGCAUAAAUCCCUUCCCACUAUGCGCUUUCUUGCCCUGUUGGCAUUUAUGGCUUGUUGAUGUGUUUGAGGAGCAUUAAGCAAAAUACAGAUAGCCUGGCAUUUUAUUACUCAUAUUUCUCUGCUAUUAAUGACUGAGUGGAGCACAACUUGCUAAUGAACUAGGCUGAAAUGAAUGCAUUUGUGGCGCUAAUUGAAAUACACCCAAGGUCUGGCUUUCAAAAAGGAGUGAAAUCUCCAGCACUCUCAAAAGAGCCUUUUUUCCUUUAACCCCUUCCUGCUGUCCUUCACUACAGCUGCA